AUGCUGCGCAAACAGUGUGACGCCUGGCGAUUUGAAACCCGCAUACGCCAAAAACUGUUCCCAUUGGGCGACCUAACCAGAUAUACGCAAAUCGUCUUCCACAGUUUCGAUAAGGACGGCGACGGUUUCGUCAGCUUCAGCGAUCUUCUGGAUGCCACAGCAUCGAUCAUGAACGGUAUGGUCGAUCAGCUCUCUUGGAUAUUUGGAUACAAACAUAAAUACUCUCUGGACCUACUUUUCAUCAAAUUCUACGAUUUUGAUGGAGACGGUUGUAUCACGAAGCGAGAAAUGUUCAUAAUAUUCGCGAUUUAUGAGAUGGUGCAGGACGCGCAGACCAUCCAGCCCGCAGUUAACAUCCAAGUGGACAAGUUCUUCAAGAAGACGGACAUAGACAGAGGCGGAAUAGUCACCAGGGAGGAAUUCAUAAGCGGUUGUAAAAAUGAUACCAUUAUAUACAACCAGUUGAGUUUAUUUAAUAAAAUUUGGUGACCAAAUGAAAACGUCCUUCAGAGAUUAACAAGCAAUUUAUCCACACACGCGUAAAGUCAUUAAAAUAUUUGUAAAA